AUGACAACCUCUUCAAAUCACACCAACCUCAGAGACAUCUGGUACACCAUGGUAGGGAUCCCAGGAAUGGAAGAUGCACACGUGUGGAUCUCCAUCCCCAUCUGCUGCAUGUACAUAGUGGCUGUUGCAGGCAACACCUUCUUAUUAUUCCUGGUCCUCACUGAGAGCAGUCUCCAUGAGCCCAUGUACCUUUUCCUCUCCAUGUUGGCCCUGGCAGAUGUCCUUUUCUCCACAGUUGCAACACCAAAGAUGCUAGCGAUCUUCUGGUUCCAAGCUGGGGGUAUUUCUUUUGGUAGCUGUGUGACUCAGAUGUUUUUCCUCCACUUCAUCUUUGUGACAGAGUCUGCCAUAUUGGUGGCCAUGGCCUUUGAUCGUUAUGUGGCCAUCUGUUAUCCACUAAGAUACAUUACCAUUUUAACGCCUUCGGUUAUUGGGAAAAUAGGCAUUGCUUCUAUAACUAGGGGUUUCAUCAUGUGCUUUCCCUUGAUUUUUUUGGUUUACCGCCUUAAUUAUUGUGGGAGGAACAUUAUUCAUCACUCGUAUUGUGAACAUAUGGGCAUUGCCAGGCUGGCAUGUGAUAAUAUCAAGAUUAACAUCUAUUAUGGAAUAAUUGUGGUCCUACUUUACACAUGCCUAGAUGUACUGCUUAUCACAAUCUCCUAUACAUUUAUACUUUGUGCUGUGUUUAAAAUUCCUUCCCGAGAUGCUCGAAUGAAGGCUCUGGGUACUUGUGGUUCCCAUGUCUGUGUCAUACUUCUUUUCUAUACACCGGCUUUCUUUUCCGCCCUUGCUCACCGAUUUGGGGGUCACAAUAUACCCGUAUAUAUACAUAUCCUCCUUGCUAAUCUUUACGUGGUGGUACCUCCUUCUCUUAACCCCAUAAUUUAUGGGAUUAAAACCAAGCAAAUUCAGGAGAAGAUUAUCCAAGUCUUUUUUCCAAACAAGACAAUUUGUUGA